UCAGCCGCGCGUUCACGAUUCGGACGCGCGUGUUUGGUAGGCGGCGGGCACUCGAGCGCAGGUGUGGACUACUGUUUAUCCUCACUGAUACUAUAAACGGACACGCGGCUGUCAGUAAAAGCAUUAUAAUAUGUGGAAAUCGGUAGUGGGACACGACGUUAAUGUGAAGGUAGAGUCGGAGGGUGAUGACUGGGAAACAGAUCCAAAUUUUGAGAAUGAUGUCUCGGAGCAAGAACAGAGAUGGGGUGCCAGGACCAUAGAAGGAUCAGGCCGUCAAGAACCCAUCAGUAUUGCAAAAUUGAGGGAAAAUGUGUCUCAGGAACAUGAGGUGCUUAAGAAGAAAGAGUUGGAGAAUUGCCCUAAAGCCUCUUACGGCUAUGGAGGGAAAUUUGGAGUGGAAAAAGACAGAAUGGACAAGGGUGCUUUAGGGCAUGACUAUGUGGCAAAGAUAGAGCAGCAUUCAUCUCAGACAGAUGCAGCACAGGGUUUUGGGGGGAAAUUCGGUGUGCAGAAGGACCGGGUCGACAAGUCUGCUAUGAAUUAUGACUAUAAAGGGCAAGUGCAGCAACAUGCAUCUCAGAAAGAUCAUGCCAAAGGGUUUGGUGGCAAGUAUGGUGUGCAGAAGGAGAGGGUUGACAAAGCCGCGAUGGGGUACGACUACAAAAGCGAGACUGAAAAACAUCAAUCACAGAAAGACUACUCCAAAGGUUUUGGUGGAAAAUAUGGGGUGGAAAAAGAAAAAGUUGAUAAGGCUGCUUUGGGUUAUGACUACAAAGGCGAAACAGAGAAACAUCAGUCGCAAAAAGACUAUGCCAAGGGCUUUGGAGGCCGUUAUGGAGUUGAGGCGGAUCGCAUGGAUAAGAGCGCCGCUUCGUUUAAUGAGAUGGAAUCUCCAUCAUCAUCUUAUGAAAAACCUAAAGCAUUUGAGCCUUCAAGUGUAGGAGCUGGAAACCUCAAGGCUCGGUUUGAGAACAUGGCAAAGGCCUCGGAUGAGGAGAACAAGAAAAAGGCGGAGGAGGAGAGAGCAAGAAGACUCGCCAGAGAGAAACGAGAACAGGAAGAGGCCCGACGCAAACAACAGGAGCAGAGUAAACAUGAAGAAGAGGAACAUGAAGAAGAGGAAGAGAAGCAGAAACCUCCCCCUGUCCCGGCUUCCCAAAAGCCUACACAGACAUUCAGGAAACUGCCUGAGAUUCCCAAAGAUGAACCAGAGGUGGAGGAACAGCCUGAGUUUGAGGAACCUUCUGGCUAUGAGGAACAGCCCGACUAUGACGAGCCGCCAUCUCUGCCACCGCGCUCCGAUCACCUGUUUGGGGACGAAGAGCUGGAGGAAGCAGAUCCCGGUCGAGCUCCUCCCCCUCUACCACAGGAAGAGGAUUAUGAGGAUGUUGGAUCAUACAUUCCUGCAGCUGCUGAAAAUGACUAUGAAGAUAUCGGUGGUGGACAAUCAGCCGUCGCUAUUUAUGAUUACCAAGGAGAGGCCAGUGAUGAAAUCUCCUUCAUGCCAGAUGACAUCAUCACUAACAUUGAGAUGGUGGAUGAGGGUUGGUGGAAAGGAACUUGUCAUGGGUGCACGGGCCUGUUUCCCGCCUCCUUUGUGCAGAUGAUGUAGUUGACCAUUUCCAAAGCAAGGACUGUGUUCAGAAUACCACAUUAACAUACUAUUUCUGUUCCUGCAGUAUGUGUGAAUUGUGUGAAGGGAACACACAGAUUAUCUACUAUAUGCUGGACUGUAUAGUAUAAAACAGACCAUAGUGUUCAAAGUACUGUAUACUGCAACUCAACGAUCUUCAUUUGAUGAUCUUUUAAUUCAUUAUUUGAUCAGAAUUUAAUUAACAAUGCAAAAGACACGUUUUUUUUCUCAGUAUGUUUACUGGACAUCACAAAUAUCAUGCGAUGACGAUCACACUGCUGUUUUGAGUAAUGACUAAUAAUACCAAACAGCAUAUACUGCGCGGAAAUCAAAACAUGAUUAAAUAUUCUAUUUUGAAUGUUACUAAAGAAAAUUCCUAUAUAAAAUGCAAAAGACAACGCAAGUGCAAUAUGCAAAGAUGUACAGAAUGACAUUUUACAUAAUUCGCUUAGGACUUAUUUUUAGUUUUGCAAAGACUUCAAUGCAGAGGUAUUGUAUUCAAGUUUAGAAACAUACAUGUUGUAUUCGACGUUUACAUACUGUGCUGAGCUAUUGGCGUAUGCUUGCACUUUAAGUAUUCAUUUACUGAUUCAAUGUACGCAUUCCAUUAAAUAAUCUCAAAAUAAAUGACAAACAUGA